AUGUGGACUCCCUUCCUCCUGAGCUACCUGCUCUACACCCUUGGGAUAGUGGCACAACCGAAGUACCUGAUCAUCGUUCCAGCUGCACUGCCCUACCCCUCUUCCCAGAGGGUGUGCUUGGACCUCCGUGGGGUGGAAAAGCCUAUUCGUGUGGCCUUAACUCUUGUGCAUCCAUCUGGCAACCUCAGCCUCUACCGCAAGGUCGUCCGGAACAACUGGAUCUUCGAGUGCUCCAGAUUUCAGGUCCCUCAACCUGCAGGCAGCCAGGAGGUGGGCACGGUCUACCUGCACAUCUCCAAUGGCCACUACUUCAGUGCAAAUGAAGAGAAGCAAGUCCUGAUCCGCAGGGCUAGCACAGGCACCUUCAUCCAGAUGGAUAAACCCAUCUAUAACCCAGGACAGACAGUGAAAUUCCGGAUCGUGACGUUGACUGAAGAUUUUGCUCCCGUUAACAGCAAGUACUCCGUGGUGGAAGUCCAGGACCCAAACCAAAACCGCGUUGGCCAGUGGCUGGAUGUGAGACCAAAACAGGGCAUUGCAGAUCUCUCCUUCCAGUUAGCUGCUGAACUCUCUCUGGGGACUUACACCAUCAGUGUGGUGAACCCAAAAGUGUCCAGUACCUUUAAGGUGGAGGAACGUGUGUUGCAAAAGUUUGAUGUUUUCUUCGAGGGACCAGCUCAGAUUUAUGCUUCAGAUAAAACUUUCCCACUGCGUGUGUGUGGCAGGUACAGCUAUGGGAAAGCAGUGCAAGGGACCAUGCGGGUGACUUUGUGCCGGAAGGCAAGGAGGCGUCCUCAAAAUGCCAGCAAGGACAUCUGUAGGGAAUACAGCGGUCCAACUGUGAGCAAGGGGUGCUUCACCCCUUCUGUGAGCACAUCAGUCUUCAACCUGGCUCCCAGCGAGGAAGAUGGCAAGCUCUAUGCAGAAGCCUCUCUCCUGGAGAUGGGCACAGGGGUGCAGAUCAACACUUCCAGCCAAAUCCUCAUCUCCAGGACAGCUGCAAGGGCAGUGUUUGAGACACCAAAUGUGUAUUACAUCCCUGGAGUACCCUACAGGGGGAAGAUUAAGCUUCAGGAUCACUAUGGAAAUGGUAUGAAAAACAGAAAAGUUUAUCUCGUGAUAAAGUUCAUGAGGCGUCGGUUUAUCAAAACAUACAUCACAGAUGACAGUGGAAUAGCAUCGUUCAACCUGGACACAACUGCCUGGAACAGCUCGUCAGUCUCUUUGGAGGUCACUGGGAAGGCUGGAAUUAUUGUCAGGGGCCAGAGGAGUGUCCAGGUCGGGAAGCUGAACAGUAAGUCUGCAGCAGCCGGACAACAGGAAACGGCUGCGCCCGUGUUGAAGGGCUCCUUCUCCAUCCCUUUGACCUUCACUGCUGACUUCACCCCAUCACCUUCCUUAGUGGUGUACACCAUCUUCCCCAAUGGAGGGGUAACAGCUGACAGCAUCCGUUUUGAUGUUGCCUUGUGCUUUGAAAACCAGGUCAAGGUAGGAUUCCCAGCUAAAGAAGCCCACCCAGGGUCAACAGUGCAGCUCCGACUGCAGGCAGCCCCUGGCUCCCUGUGUGCAGUACAGGCAGUGGAUGAAAACACGUUCUUCAUGAGACCAGAGAGCGAGCUGACAAGGCAAAUCGUCUAUGGUUUGUUCCCUGCUGCCCACCGACAUGGAUACCCUGCCCAAGUAGAAGAGCAUUCAGAUCACUGUGUUCAGCCCCAGCCCACAUCAUCUCUGCUACGAGGGAAGCCACAGCAUUCCUUUCAGCCUGAUAUCUUUAACCUCUUCCGGAAUAUGGGGCUGAAAAUCUUCUCAAACCUUGUAAUCAAGAAGCCUCAGUGCUUUCAUCGGGCGGAUAGGAAGCCAACCAUGGGGGGGCCUUCUACAGAAGACCAAAGAAUCACUAAGGAACAACCCCAUUUUACAACCCAUGGAAGACUUCACUACUAUUUCCCUGAAACUUGGAUCUGGAAUCUGUUCUCUGUUGGCUCCAACGGCAGCAGGAGUGUCCCAGUCGCAGCGCCUGCUGCUGCUGCAGAGUGGAAAGUCAAGACAUUCUGCUUGGCUGGAAGGGGAUUUGGCCUUGCCCCGACCACGAGCCUCAGAACAGUCCAGCCCUUCUUUGUGGAUGUGACGCUGCCAUAUUCUGUCAUCCGAGGAGAGACCUUCGUGCUGAAAGCUACUGUCUUCAACUACCUGCAGCAGUGCAUACAGAUCCACAUGGCCCUGGCUAAAUCCUCAGACUUCCAGGUGGAGCCGUGCCGGACCUGCAAGGACAAGGAGUGUCUGUGUGCAGAGGAGUCCAAGACCUUCACGUGGAAUGUGACAGCAGUCCAGCUGGGGACUCUGAAUAUCACAGUGAGGAUAGAGGUACUGGACACCACGCCAUGGUGUGGGGGCAGGAAGCCCUUGCCAGCUACCAUGAGGCGGAGGCAUACACUGGUCAAACACUUGCUGGUCCGGCCAGAAGGUGUGUUAGUGGAGAAGUCUUACAGCUCCCUUCUGUGCCCGAGAGGAGGAAACAUGGCUGAAGAACCUGUGUCCCUUCGCCUCCCCGACAAUGUAGUAAAGGGAUCUGCCAGGGCUUCCAUUUCCAUCUCAGGUGACCUCAUGGGGAUGGCACUGCAGAACGUGGACCACCUGGUGCAGAUGCCCCAUGGCUGUGGGGAGCAGAACAUGGUGCUGUUUGCCCCCAUCGUCUAUGUGCUGCAGUACCUGGAGAGGACGAGGCAGCUGACCCCUGAGAUCAAGGAGAGGGCAACAGGAUUCCUGCGCAAUGGGUACCAGAUGCAGCUUCUUUAUAGGCACAGAGAUGGGUCCUACAGUGUCUUUGGGCAGCAGGAUGGGGAAGGGAACACUUGGCUGACAGCUUUUGUAGUGAAGAGUUUCGGCCAAGCCAGAAAAUACAUCUAUGUAGAUGACAAGAACGUUCAGGAUGCCCUACGCUGGCUAGAGCAAAACCAGCUCCCCAGUGGCUGCUUUGCCACCAAAGGGAGCCUCUUUCACUCCUCCCUAAAGGGCAGUGUGGAUGAUGAAAUCUCCCUGGCAGCGUAUGUCGCUGCAGCACUGCUGGAGCUGGGUCAGCCGCUGAAGGGCAAGCUGAUGCAGACUACCCUCCGCUGCCUGCAGCAGGCGGUUCACAACAUCACCAACAUCUACACAGAAGCCGUGCUGGCCUAUGCCUUUGCCCUGGCUGGGGACUAUGAGACAACCCAGGAGCUGCUGUACAAACUGGAGGAACAGGCCAUCAAAUCAGGAGGACAAAUCCACUGGAGCCCCAAGCCAAGCUCUCCAGCUUCCACAGACUUCUGGCCUGGUACUCAGUCAGUGGACAUAGAGUUGACAGCCUACGUGCUCCUGGCAUACCUCUCUAAGCCACGGGUGCAUGCAGGUGACAUGACAACUGCAGCUGGUAUUGUGGCAUGGCUGACCCGGCAGCAGAAUGCCUACGGGGGCUUUGCCUCCACCCAGGACACAGUUGUUGCCUUGCAAGCCUUAGCAAAAUAUGCAGCAAGGACGUUCAGCACAUCAGGCCAGGCGCUUGUGAGGGUGAAGUCCCAGAGGGACUUUGGGAAGGCUUUCCAAGUCAACCGCCAGAAUCGGCUGCUGGUGCAGCAGGCAGCACUGACAGAGGUCCCGGGGCAGUUCCUGGUGCAGGUCCACGGCAGCAGCUGCGUCUUUGCUCAGACAGUGCUGAGGUACCACGAGCCUCCCCCGCGGGCUGCUGUAACCUUCACUCUGCGUGUCAACACAGAGCUGACCAACUGUAGCCAGGCCAAUGCGCGUGUCCUCACCGUCCGCAUCCUUGCCAGCUACAUCGGGAGCAGAGUCACAUCCAACAUGGUGAUCGUGGAAGUCUCCCUGCUGUCUGGAUUCAUCCUGGCUCCCAGAUCUAGGAUGUUGCUGGAGCGCAGAACCAUCAUUAAGAAAAUAGAAGUGAAAGCUGAUGUGGUCUACAUUUAUCUGGAGAAGCUCAACGAUGAAUCUCAGACUUUCAUUCUGCAACUGGAAGAAGUCAUUCAGAUGAAGAACCUGAAACCGGCCAGCAUCAAAGUCUACGACUACUACCAGCCAGAGGAGCGAGCCUUGGCUGACUACAGUGCUGUCUGUAGUUGAGGAAUGAUCACAGUUCUGCAUACAAUCC